UUAUUUUUUUACAAAUCCUAACUCCAAAAUCUCUCUACUCUAUGUCUAUAGCAUCUUAGUUUAGACACUUCGUUUUCCACUUUUUUGCCAGCAGCCAGUUCACGUUUCGUGUCCAACAGACUUAAGUAAAAUGCGUUACGUGGCUGCCUACCUGUUAGCUUCCCUCAGUGGAAAAGAACCAUCCAAUGAUGAAAUUGAAAAGAUCCUAAGUUCUGUCGGUAUUGAAUCUGACACAGCUAAAGCUAGUCUAGUUCUCAAAGAACUGAAGGGCAAAAACGUCGAUGAAGUUAUCGAGAGUGGCAGGUCUAAAUUGGCAAGUGUACCAACUGGUGCUGCCGUAGCCACAUCUGCUGGAGCUGGAGGAGCAGCACCAGCAGCUUCUGAGGAAAAAGGUAAGAUUAUUUUUUUAUUAGUUGUUUUAUCAUAUAGUUUUUCACUUAAUUUUAUUUUUGCUGACAAGAAAGAAGAAAAGAAAGAAGAAUCCGACAAUGAAUCUGAUGAUGAUAUGGGCUUUGGACUGUUCAACUAAGAUCAAGAUAUUCUCCUGGCUGUUUUUUGUAUUUCAGAAACUGAUGGUU